CUAUCCACGCACAUACAGUCGUAGCUGACUCGCUGAUGGUUUAAAGCUCUGGCUGUUUUAAUGUCGGACGCGAUACGUCAACAUUGUUAAAGAGGAUCGGUAGUUUUCCGAAGCAACAAUGGAUCCUGGCACUUUAUCACUAUUUCAGAGAGUCUCCACAAAGCUGGGAUGGGACAGAGAUGGUGGUCUUGAUGACGCUGAGGAAAAGUUGAGGAAGAGCCUGAAGAAGACCAGACGUCCAGCUUUGGCCAGUUCUGAUUCAAGCGCAGGUCCAGCACAGAGACUGGAGCUGUCCGACUCUGACAACUCCUCAGGAAAAGAGAACUGGUCUCAUAAGGAACACGUACUGUUGACUUCAGAUGAUGAAGACUUUGAGAAGUUUCUUGCUUCAAAGGCUACUCCAAAAUCUACAUUUAAACAGUCUGCUUCAUCUGCUCAGAAACCAAGAGAACCAGCUCCAGUUCUGUCUUCAGAAAGUGAUGAUGAAUUUGAAUUGUUUUUAAACCGAGUGAAAACACCAAAGGCUAAAGUCCAACCGCAGUCUGUGAGCAGCAGUGAUGAAAGUUUGAAACGCUUCAUAGUGGACAGCAUGUCAUCUGAUGAUGAUUUUGUCACUGAGAAGAAGCCUUCUAUUUAUAAAGGGAAAGCCAGAGUUGCUAGAACUCCUAAAUCAGUUCAGAAGACAGAAAAACCGGCUUCAUCACAUUGCAAUUCUCCCGUCUUCCUGAGUGACCGUGAUGACGACUGUAAUAUUGUCAUCAAGAGCACUUGGAGGACCAGACAUAGCCGGCCAGCAUCUGAGGAACAUCAAGCCACAAGUAAAGACAGAGAGGAGACUGGAAAGCCUCCUGUGCCUCAACCAACAAUCACCGUGAAGUCCCACACCAGUCGAGACGACACGUGCAGCUCCGAGGAAGAGUUCCAGUCAUUAUUGGACAGAGUCAGGCAGAAUCUAGAAGGCAGAACAAGUGCAAGUCCAAAGCCCUCUGCAGAACUCAAACCACGACGUCCUUGUUUGUCGACACCAUCUUCAGCUGGUAGAAAAACUGGGAGCCAAGUACCAGUUAAAGAUUCUCCUGUAAUCCACACACCAGUGCAGCAGAUACCCAGCAGCAGACCAGUGUUGAGCCAUACUGAGCCCAGGGCACCGCCCAACAGGGUGGUGGUGUGUAAAACUGCCGGCUGCUUCCUGCAGUCUCUGUCCGCACCUGGAUCAUUGUACUGCCGGAAUUUCAAACAGAACAAAGACGAGCUCACCAGCAAACUUUACCAGCUCUACAACACCAGUGUGUUUGACAGUCAGCUUCCCGUUGACAUGUCUGUCACAUGGAAUAAUAAGAUGCGUAAGACUGCAGGAUAUUGCAUCUCUGGUCAGGAGCGUGGCACUGGGAAACGAUAUGCCCGUAUUGAGCUGUCUGUCAAAGUGUGCGACUCUGCAGAUCGGUUACGGGACACGUUAGUCCAUGAAAUGUGUCAUGCGGCCACAUGGCUCAUAAACAAUGUUCGCGAUGGACACGGGCCCUUCUGGAGGCUUUAUGCUCGUAAAGCAAUGCUGGCUCAUCCGGAACUUCCGAUGGUUUCCCGCUGCCACAGUUAUGACAUCAACUACAAGUUCCAGUAUCAGUGUAACCGGUGUAAGAACACGAUCGGGCGCCACUCUAAAUCGCUGGACACCACAAGGUUUGUGUGUGCUUUGUGCACCGGACAGCUGGUUUUGUUGACUCCCUCGAAGCCUCGAGCACCCACACCCUUCGCCACCUUUGUGAAAGAGAACUACGGCUCAACUAAACAAGAAUUAACCGGCCAGAGUCAUGCUGAGAUCAUGCGCAAACUCAGUGCUGACUUUGCUAGCAAGGCUCGUGUCAGUCAAAGUUGAUCUCUGAUGAGACACACACACACACACACACACAGACAAGUCUUAAAUACCUCAAACCAUCAAGACUCCUGCUGUUGCUUGAGUUCUGUUCAUAUGUAGCAUUAAUUUACUGGGAAUUUAACAGCCGUUUAUGACCAUGUCAACCUUCAUUAGACUUUUUAUGAUUAAAUUAGUUUUAUAAUGUGAAAUGACUUUAUGGUUGGAGUCCAUUUAUGUCUAAUAAUACGAGCCGUGUUUAGAUGUUCGGUUACUCCUUUGUGAGUUUAACUAUUUAAAUCAACUGCCUUAAGGGAUAUGCAUGUUUUUAUAUUUGUGUCAUUUUGUUUAUCUGUAUAUUUUGUUUGUGU